UCAACAAGGACGCGUUGAAAGAUGUGGCCCGAGUUGUGCCGACUUUGCGAGCGGCCAGCGGCCAACGGUGGAUACCGAGGGGCCGAAGUGGACAAAAACAAGUUUGCAGAGUGGUGCCUGAAUUUUUUGGGCACAACUUUGGCCGAUGAAAUUGAAGACGACGACAUUUUCUGCUACUUUUGCGUUUGGGACGCUAGAUUUUAUCUUGGAGAGUUACAGAGCGAAAUGUGCGUGGAAAACCGUACAAGAAGCUGCAAUUUAAACUUGCGCUGGUGGCCAGAUAAGGUUGCUGAAAAAAGUGUUCAAGUCCUGUUUGAAAGCUACACAGCUGGAAAAGUGCAGCAGUGUUGGGUUCCUUUGACAAAAGCGCUCCACAAACAGAAAACGGUUUUCUCUUCUGAUGAAAAAUCUCAACUAGAAGGCCCCACAUUUCAAUGUUGUUAUUGCCUGAAAACUUUUAAAUCAAAACCAUGUUGGCGUUGGCACAUAAAAAAGCAACAUGCCGAUAUUGCAAUUAGGUGUAAUUAUCAUACGCUGUGCUGUUCUUAUUUUAAAAGUGUAGAGGAUAGGGACGCUCAUUUAAGAAUGGUACAUUUAAAGCCAAAAUUGUUGAAAUUAUUUGAAUGCAUAUAUUGCCCUAUGAAGGACCUAAGAUCAAAGAGAAAUUUGCACAAUCACGUUAGAUCGAAACAUUCUGAUGUUUCUAUCACGUGUCAAAUGUGUCAAAUGAAUAAUUGCUUAUCUUAUUUUAAAAGCCAGGCAGAUUUGAAGUCGCAUUUCGAGAAAAUCCAUCAACCACUUGAACGCAGAAAAAAGUUUAAAUGUUCACUAUGCAAUUUUAAAUGCUUAACGAAGUAUGAACUUUCUCACCACAAGGCCAAAAAGCAUAAAAAAGUAAACAUAACUUCACAUUGCCCAAAAUGUCCAGCGAGCUUCUCAAGUGGAAUCAACUUGAAGUACCAUAUAUCUUCUGUACACAAUUUUAGGACCUGUCCUGCUUGCGCUUCGCAUAUUUCGACCAGUCGAUUUGUUGACCAUUUGAAAAUACGCGUGUGCAAGUAUUGUAAAAGUGAAUUUGACUGCCAAGGGUUGCACAGAAAUCAUAAACAGAAAUGCAAACAUUCAAAGAAAUGCAGUACUUGUUUUAAAGCUUUUUAUUCCUAUUCUACUUUGAAGCGACAUGUUCUCAAUCAUCAUGUAGUUGAAAAUAGAAUUGUCAAAAACGAAAAACGGAGACCCAAGUGUAAAUUUUGCUUCAAGUAUUUUUUAAGCAUUGGCUGUUUGAACAAUCACCUUAGAACUAUGCAUGCUGUCGAAGGAAUUUACAAAUUUCAGUGUGCUCAUUGCAGCAAAAAAUUCGUAUCAAAACAAAGCAUGAAGAUGCACUUCAUAGUUGUGCACAGCCUGCUAGAAAAAAAACAUGACUGUAACCAUUGUGAAAGAAAAUUUCAUCUUCUCUACCAAUUGAAAAAACAUGCAAAGUCGCACUUAAGAAUGGAAUGUGAGAUUUGUAAAAUGGAAGUAAAACCAGGUAGCUUAAUAGAUCACAUUAGGACUUGGCAUGAUAAAAUAUUGCACGAACUUGAGUGUGCGCAUUGCAGCAAGAAAUUUACUUGUAAAGGAGGUGUCGAGAGACACUUGGCAGUCGUGCACAACCUGAUAGGAAAAAAACAUGCCUGUAAGCAAUGCAAAAAAAAAUUUUAUUUUCUCAACGAAUUGAAAAGGCAUGAGAGCUCGCACUCAAUUGAAAGAGUGAAAUGUAAAAUUUGCGAAAUUGAAUUAAAAGAAAAUUCUUUAAAAUGGCACAUUAGGUCCUUACAUAACGUCAAAAAAUUACACGUAUUUGAGUGUGCGCAUUGCAGCAAGAAAUUUACUUGUAAAGGAAGUGUCGAGAGACACUUGGCAGCCGUGCACAACCUGAUAGGAAAAAAACAUUCCUGUAAGCAAUGCAAAAAAAAAUUUUAUUUUCUCAACGAAUUGAAAAGGCAUGAGAGCUCGCACUCAAUUGAAAGAGUGAAAUGUAAAAUUUGCGAAAUUGAAUUAAAAGAAAUUUCUUUAAAAUGGCACAUUAGGUCCUUACAUAACGUAAAAAAAUUACACGUAUUUGAGUGUGCGCAUUGCAGCAAGAAAUUUACUUAUAAAGUAAGUGUCGAGAGACACUUAGCAGUCGUGCACAACCUGAUGGAAAAAAAUCAUGCCUGUAGCCAAUGCCAAAGAAAAUUUUAUUUUUGCUACGAAUUGAAAAAACACACAACAUCAAAACACUCAAAUAAGAGUACGUAAUGUGAAAUAUGUAAAAGGAAAUGAAAGCAAAAUCUUCAAAGAGGCACACAUGCAGAUACAUGAAUUAAAUUCACUGAGUGAAGAAGCCGCAGAGAAACUUGAGAGCCAAAAAUGAUUCUCGAAGCAUAAUUUUGAAGGACAUAAAUUUACAUAUUUAUCAUUUUAUAUUCUAAAACUAAAUAAUACCUAUUUCAGUAUGCACAAUUAUUGUAAAUAUCUAUGAAAAAAUAUUUUUCUAUCUGCAGUCAACUUGUAAAUAAAUGUUUAUAAUUUCCGACUUCUGUAAAAGGUGCUGACUUUUUCUACCAUGCCAACACAAAAAUCCAACAAUUCCACAAAAUAGAAC